CCUAGGGUUGAGAGCGGCACCGCCAUGGCUUCUCUGGAUGACCCAGGGGAAGUGAGGGAGGGCUUCCUCUGCCCUCUGUGCCUGAAGGAUCUGCAGUCUUUCUAUCAGCUUCACUCACAUUAUGAGGAAGAACACUCGGGCGAAGACCGUGAUGUCAAAGGGCAAAUUAAAAGUCUUGUCCAGAAGGCUAAGAAAGCAAAGGACAGGUUGUUGAAACGAGAAGGGGAUGAUCGAGCAGAAUCAGGGACCCAAGGAUAUGAGUCUUUCAGCUAUGGAGGGGUUGAUCCUUACAUGUGGGAACCCCAGGAGCUUGGUGCUGUGAGAAGCCAUCUUUCCGACUUCAAAAAACACCGAGCUGCUAGAAUUGACCACUAUGUUGUGGAAGUCAAUAAAUUAAUAAUCAGGUUAGAGAAGCUCACUGCGUUUGACAGAACAAAUACUGAAUCUGCAAAGAUUCGAGCAAUAGAAAAGUCUGUGGUGCCUUGGGUCAACGACCAGGAUGUCCCUUUCUGUCCAGACUGUGGGAAUAAGUUCAGCAUCCGGAACCGCCGCCACCACUGCCGCCUCUGCGGGUCUAUUAUGUGCAAGAAGUGUAUGGAGCUCAUCAGCCUUCCCUUGGCAAACAAGCUCACCAGUGCCAGCAAGGAGUCCCUGAGCACCCACACCAGCCCCAGCCAGUCACCCAACAGUGUCCAUGGCUCCCGCCGAGGCAGCAUCAGCAGCAUGAGCAGUGUCAGCUCGGUCCUGGAUGAGAAGGACGAUGACCGGAUCCGCUGCUGUACACACUGCAAGGACACGCUGCUCAAGAGAGAGCAGCAGAUUGAUGAGAAGGAGCACACACCCGACAUCGUGAAGCUCUACGAGAAAUUACGACUUUGCAUGGAGAAAGUUGACCAGAAAGCUCCAGAAUACAUCAGGAUGGCAGCAUCAUUAAAUGCUGGGGAGACAACCUACAGUCUGGAACACGCCAGUGACCUUCGAGUGGAAGUGCAGAAAGUGUAUGAGCUGAUAGACGCUUUAAGUAAGAAGAUCUUAACCUUGGGCUUGAACCAGGACCCUCCACCACAUCCAAGCAAUUUGCGGCUGCAGAGAAUGAUCAGAUACUCAGCUACACUUUUUGUGCAGGAAAAGUUGCUUGGUUUGAUGUCACUGCCAACCAAAGAACAGUUUGAGGAACUGAAAAAGAAAAGGAAGGAGGAAAUGGAGAGGAAGAGGGCCAUGGAGAGACAAGCUGCCCUGGAGUCUCAGCGAAGGCUUGAGGAAAGGCAGAGUGGCCUGGCUUCUCGAGCAGCCAACGGGGAGGUGGCAUCUCUCCGCAGGGGCUCUGCCCCCUUGAGAAAGGCUGAGGGCUGGCUCCCGCUGUCAGGAGGUCAGGGGCAGAGUGAGGACUCAGACCCGCUCCUCCAGCAGAUCCACAACAUCACAUCAUUCAUCAGGCAGGCCAAGGCCGCGGGCCGCACGGAUGAAGUGCGCACCCUGCAGGAGAACCUGCGGCAGCUGCAGGACGAGUAUGACCAGCAGCAGACAGAGAAGGCCAUUGAGCUGUCCCGGAGGCAGGCUGAGGAGGAGGACCUGCAGCGGGAACAGCUGCAGAUGCUGCGUGAACGGGAGUUGGAACGAGAAAGGGAGCAGUUUCGGGUGGCAUCCCUGCACACACGGACUCGGUCCCUGGACUUCCGAGAAAUCGGCCCUUUUCAGCUGGAGCCCAGCAGAGAGCCUCGCACCCACCUUGCUUAUGCUUUGGAUCUAGGCUCUUCCCCAGUUCCAAGCAGCACAGCUCCCAAGACCCCUUCACCUAGCUCAACUCAACAGCCCACCAGAGUGUGGUCUGGGCCCCCAGCCCUUGGCCAGGAGCUCUUAACCCAGAGCAGCAUGCCACAACCACAUGAGGGGCCCUCCUUAAACCCCUUUGAUGAGGAAGACCUCUCCAGCCCCAUGGAAGAGGGCACUACUAGUCCUCCUGCUGCAGGAGUUUCCUUCGACCCUUCAGCCCGCAUGCUGAAAGAGUACAAUCCUUUCGAGGAAGAGGACGAGGAGGAGGAGGCAGUGGCAGGGAAUCCAUUCAUUCAGCCAGACAGCCCAGCUCCUAACCCCUUCAACGAGGAAGAUGAACAUCCCCAGCAGAGGCCCUCAAGCCCUCUGGUUCCUGGCAACCCCUUUGAGGAACCCACCUGUACCAACCCCUUUGAGAUGGACAGUGACAGUGGGCCGGAGGCUGAGGAGCCCAUAGAGGAAGAGCUCCUCCUGCAGCAGAUCGAUAACAUCAAGGCAUACAUCUUUGAUGCCAAGCAGUGUGGCCGCCUAGAUGAGGUAGAGGUGCUGACAGAGAACCUGCGGGAGCUGAAGCACACCCUGGCCAAGCAGAAGGGGGGCACUGACUGAUCGGCAGUGGAGAGGGCACCUUUGGGCCCAGGGGUCUGGCAGGAGCCAGUGGAGCAGGACAGAGGGCAGGCAGGGUGGAUGGAGAAGGUGGCAGGGUGAGAAGUCAGAUGCACACAGGUGAGGGGCAGGAAUCUGCUGUUUUGUGUUGUGCACUUUGAGGUGUUUCCACUACAGUUGAAUAAUAGAAUAGAAACUAGAACAGGGAGAAUCAGCAUUUAUUUGCUGUUUUUCCUGUUUAUUAUUACUAUCUUUUGUAAUUGGAGGUUUACCCCUUUUGAAGGGACUUUACAUUUUUACUAUCGAGAUAUAACUAAAUGCAGCUCUGUUGGGCCCAGGGCAGAAAUGGCUGCUGUGUACCUCUUGGGUCUAUUUGCUACUGCCUAGUCUUGGUUCCUUUUGCAGUAUUAUAGGGCAGCCUUUAUAGAGCCCUUCUUUAGCCAAGACAGAGAAGAUAGAUUCCACUGAGCUAUAUUCUGCUCUGACAGAAGUCCAUCCCUAGUAGGCUGUGAGUUCCAUUUCACCUGGGGCCGCCUCUCCCCUGCUCUGCGCUUCCUGUCUGCACAAUAGCGGGGGGAAGUGCUGCUAUGAAGGGGAGAGUUUAGACCCAGGAGAGCCCAGCACCUCUUUUUAAGGUGGGGUGAUGGGAACAUUUCACCAGGGUCUAUUUUCCCAGUUUAAGUUGUUUUUUGUCUCUUUCAGGAAGU